ACCGGAAGCGGUAGUACCUCCAACGCCAUGGAAACGGCGGACGGCGUCCGUUUCUCUCGAAGCUAAAAAUCAUCACCCAGAGAAAAUAUACAUCAGCGGGAUCCUUUAAAUCACUCAGUCCUUUAAAACUCACAGCCGCCGGCCGGAGACACCAUGAACCGAAAUCCAGACGCGCGGAUAAGGGACACACAAACCAAGCAGAUCCAGGAGAGCAUCACCCAUGUGGAGAAACACUUCGGAGACUUGUGCCAACUCUUUGCAGGAUAUGUUCGUAAAACUGCCCGUCUGAGGGACAAAGCCGAUCUGUUGGUUAAGGAAGUCAGCCAGUAUGCAGACACAGAAACACCUAACUUAAAACAUGGACUGAAGAAUUUUGCAGACCAGCUUGCCAAGAUUCAGGACUAUCGCCAAGCAGAGGUGGAAAGACUGGAAGCUAAAGUUGUUGAGCCGUUGAAAACCUAUGGCUCUGUUGUGAAAAUGAAAAGGGCAGACCUGAAGCUGACCCAGACCGCUCGGAACCGAGAGGCAAAGCAGAUGCAGCAGCUGGAGAGAAUGAGGCAGAGAAACCCCUCAGACAGGCAGAUCAUUUCACAGGUGGGUCAUCCUAAUCUCCAUUUCUUCAAAACAGCUGAGAGCGAACUCCAGAGAGCCACAAUGGAUGCCACGCGCACGACUCGCCAACUGGAGGAGACAAUAGACGUGUUUGAAAGGCAGAAGAUUCAGGAUAUCAAGAAAAUCUUUAUGGACUUUGUGAGUGUAGAGAUGAUCUUCCACGCCAAAGCUCUGGAGCUGUACACUACUGCCUAUCAGCACAUCCAGAAUGUUGAUGAGGAGGGCGAUCUAGAGGUAUUCAGGACCUCGCUGCACCCUCCUGACUAUCAGUCUCGUUUAGACAUAGUCCGUGCUAAUUCCAGAACAUCCUUGAACCGAACUGGAACAUCCAUGAGCAAAUCCGGGACGUUGCAGUCGAGGAAUCCAGCAUCACAGGGGAAAAGGGACGAUGAUGAGGAUGAGGACGAUGAUGAUGAUGAAGAGGAUGAAGAUGAGGAUGAGGAUUUGGAGGAUGUUACAGAUGAGGAGAAUUAAACUGAGUAUAAGCAGGAUGACUCUACCUUGUGCCACAAUAUUUAACAGUGUUAUAAUUAAUUGUACUAAAUUCUAUAGUGAUCUUAUGCCAAGUUUACACUACAUGAUUUUCAUCCUAUUUUCUACUUGCUGACUGUUUUUACAGCCAAUUAAUCCUUUUGAAAGAGUUUGUCAUUUUUCACCCAGUGUUGCUAAACAGUCGUUUAAUGUGUAAACCACAACCAUUAAAAGAUUCCCGAUUUUAUGACGAUUUUUAAGUUGUGUGGUGUGAGUAGUACGAUAAACUGACAACUCUGAAAGUCGUGUACUGUGAACAUGGCAUUAAAUAAAAAACUGGCGUAAUAAAAAGUGUUUGUACAACCAGCAGUGAUAUUACUUAUAAUUAACUCAAAGUAGUAUUAAUGAAACCUUUACUGUUUUUUGAUAAUAUUCUUUAUUUAAAAUCUGUAGCAUAACAUUAAACAUCCAUUAUAAGUUUUUUUUGUAAAAAAGGGACCAUAAGUAUUUGAGUAAUUAAUAGAAUUAAUCAUUAUUUGAUUCUCUUGUAUAAUCUGUAGUCCAAAUUCCAAAAGUCAUGGAAUAUUAGUAUAUAAAUUGAUAACCAGUAUGUGCUUUGACAGCCAAACUUAUAAGUAUAAGUGGUGAGGUGUUAUCUUGUCAGUGAGGUUGACAGUCGAAGUCCUGCUAGUAGAGCCUGUAUCAUUCCACACUGUGACAAAUGUACCGAAAAUACAUAGAAGGCAUUACCAUUGUGAUCGUGACCUGUGACUUCUGGCUAACAUUGUUUGUGCGAAACAAUUUGACUGUAACUCUGCCAGAAAUACAGCUCUGGAAAAUAUUAAGAGACCACUUCAGUUCCUGAAUCAGUUUCUCUGAUUUUGCUAUUUAUAGGUUUAUGUUUGAGUAAAAUGAACAUUAUUGUUUUAUUCUGUAAACUACAAACAACACUUCUCCCAAAUUCCAAAUACAAAUAUUGUCAUUUAGAGCAUUUAUUUAUUCAGACCUCAAAUAAAGCAAAAAAAAAAAAACAAUUUCAUAUUGAUAAAGUUUUAAGAGUUCAGAAAUCAAUAUUUGUUUUAAAUCACAGUUUUUAUGCAUCUUGGCAUGUUCUUCUCCACCAGUCUUACACACUGCUUUUGGAUAAUUUUAUGCCACUCCUUGUGCAAAAAUUCAAGCAGUUCACCUUGGUUUGAUGGCUUUGUGAUCAUCCAUCUUCCUCUUGAUUAUAUUCCAGAUGUUUUCAAUUUGUUAAAAUCAAAGAAACUCAUAAUUUUUCAGUGGUCUCUUUCAUUUUUUUUUUUCAGAGCUGUAUCCCACAGGUCAGUGCUGCAGUCUUUAGCUUCCAUGGGUCAUGGCAAGAGUUAUGCAACAUGAUUCUAUUUUCUGUCCCAUGACAUGUGGCUUGCCAAUAUAUGUUGUAAUGUCGCAAUAACAAGGUUAAUUCCUUGCCACGCAGUGUUAGACAGUGUUCAUAAUCUGUAAAAAUGAAAUGACUGCCUUAUAAAAUGUCAAGUGACCAAAUAAACACUGAUUCUUUUUUUAUGGAAUUGAA